AUAAGCCGCAAGAAAGGACGACGUUUCUCGAAUUGUCAUGCUUAUGAAUUUACGAUUUCUAUCGCUGCUAGGAAACGCUCUAGUCGAAUUAAAAUUGUAAAUUUUGACUGUAAUCUCUCGCGUUUGACCGUGUGGUGCACGCGCGUGGUGUUUAAGCAUCGAAUAAAGAUUUUGAAGCAUCAGCUGCGGUUACCUGACGUUUAGUACGACAGGGACGUUUAGUGUUCGAUAGAACGUGUGAAAUACCUUGUGCUUAGAGUGCGAUCAUGGCUAAAUGGGGAGAAGGAGACCCUCGGUGGAUCGUGGAGGAGCGGCCCGACGCCACAAACGUCAACAACUGGCACUGGACGGAAAAGAACGCUGGUCCAUGGUCGAAGGAACGCCUAAAAGAGUUGCUGAACAAUUUAAAAAUAGCCCAAAAUGGUGUAGAUUGUAAGAUUACCGAGAUGGAGAAGAUUGAUGGUGAGGCCUCGGCGAAUAAUAGAAAAGGAAAGCUGAUAUUCUUUUACGAGUGGGACAUUAAGUUGAAGUGGGAAGGCCGCAUUUCAGGAGGCAGUGAGGUGACCAAGGGGGAAAUGCAUAUUCCCAACCUGUCGGAGGAAAACGACGUUAGCGAGGUGGAUAUGACAGUCACAAUAAAAGGCAGUGGUGAGGAAGCCCAAAGAGUGAAGGCAUUCAUGCACAAUGUCGGCAAGAAAGAAAUCCGGAAACAGCUCGAAGAGUACAUUCGGAGCCUCAAAGAGGAAUUUUCAAAAGGCCUCAUCCUCCCCAAGAAAGGAGAAUCCUCCGUCAAGCCUGACAAUGUCUCAACAAUAACAAGCGGUUUUAACAAAAAAAUCAACAUGGAACCUAUAAUCGCACCUAAGAAAGCAAUCGGUUGCAAAUUAGACACAAAAAGUCUAGAACUUUCAGAGAAAUUCCAAUGCAGAGGACAAGAGUUUUACGAUGCUUUGACUAGAAUAGAAAUGGUGACAGCCUUCACGCAGGGCCAUGUGAAAAUGGAGGUGGAGAAGGGUGGGAAGUUUGCCCUGUUUGGGGGAAAUAUUACGGGGGAAUUCAGGGAGUUGGUGCCAGGGAAGAAGAUCACCCAGUAUUGGAGAUACAAGCAGUGGCCUGAUCAGCACUUCUCGGAGGUUACCAUCAAUAUUGAUGAGAAGGACGACCACACACUAGUAACAGUGAAGCAGGAUCUUGUACCAGCGGCCGAGGUAGACCAGACACGUGAGAACUGGAAGAGAUACUACUUCGAGAGCAUGAAGCGCGCCUUCGGCUUCGGCGCCUUCCUGUGAUCACACAGAAGAACAUUAGGUAAAUUAGGUCCAAAAAAUACGGGAGUUCAGUUGAUGAAUGCAUAGCAUUAUUAAAACGCUUAGUUUGCGUAAAAUCGACAUUUCAAGCAUAAUAAUUAUUAUACAUACAAACAAGUAUUUUAUUGUUCAAAAUUUGAAAUAUUUUGCUAAUAGGAAACAUCUUGAGGGCUGUAUCUUCUUUUACGAAAUUUUUUGAUUUGAUUACAUUCCAUUCGGGAAAAUUUUUUGGUCUACUAAAUGAGUUUAAAUCUGGUAGUUUUAUCUCAAUAAGAACCUACAUUAGUUAUAUCUUAUAUCUUUUUGCCUUUACGAGUUAUGGAUUUUGAUCGAAACCCCAGACAAAACUACUAAGACGCGUAAAAGACUGCGUAUUGUAGUUAUUAAAAUAUUAAAUUGUUAUGCACUUUGGUAAUCCAGUGGACACAAAACUAUCUACUUUAGCUCUGAAAUCUGCGACUGCGUAAGUGUGGAUUUUACGUAUCGUAGCAUUGUUUAGCACAUCCAGCCAGUGUUAAGUACAACCCUCAAGUUUGAUGUUAUCUGUAUGGUAAUUGGUACGUUUUUUUUUUUAUACUACGUCGGUGGCAAACAAGCAUACGGCCCGCCUGAUGUUAAGCAGUCUCCGUAGCCUAUGUACGCCUGCAACUCCAGAGGAGUUACAUGCGCGUUGCCGACCCUAACACUCCUCUCCCUCGAGCUCUGGCAACCUUACUCACGUAUUUUGUUGAUCAAAUUGAUUUGUUAAAUGUAUUACUUCCAUGCAGUAGUUUCGUAUUAAAAUUUACAAGUUAAAUUUUAUCGAUCAUCAUGCAACAAUUAAAUUAGAUUAAUGAGUUGAGCACUUAAUUGGUUGUCAUUCUCAAAAAGGGUAUAUAAGUUACCAUUUGUUUCAGAAUAACACAAUGGGGUUGGCCGGUCGAAGUAUUUAGCAGAUGGCGCCAGCAUAGCUUGCCCUGUCAAUCCUUAGAAUUGUGUAAAUUUUUUUUAAAUGAAAUUUCAUGCCGUGGAUGGCCAGCCCUUUAAACCAAAUCUCAUAGAACUAAACUAGUGAAAAGGGCAAGCUAUGAUGGCGCCAUCUUUGCUAACCUUUAUCAGUUGCCAACCCCAUUAUUAUAUCCUGCAUUUUAUCUAUUUUGUCAUCAGCUCUUAUUUGUUCUAAAAUAUCAUGUAAUAACUGUGAUUUUUUACUAAAUUUUGUGAGAACCUCUGAAUUACUAACCUUAAAUAAGUGACCGAAAUAAUAUCACGAAUAUAGCCUCAUUUUACACAGGAUUUUUUUCGUAUAUUUAAAAGGGGAUUUUUAACAUUCGACAUUGAAGAAUUUCAAAAGCGAAAAAGUUACAAUACAUCAAAUUAUUGAUUGUAAAAUAUUAUCAAAGUGUCUGGCAACUGCUAUUUUACGGGUUUAGCCUAAAAACAGCAAAAAUAGCUUUAGUUUGGCUACGUCUGAAAUUGUAUUGUAAUUUCGAGCAUUGUAAAUUGUAACAAAACAUUUGAUGUGAGCUCAUAAUUGCCACUUCCGAAAUGUAAUUCCUAGAACAAUUUUAGUUGGGUAAAGGCGACCAAUGUCUAUUUUGUACUUAGACUACAUAAUAUAAUAGGCAUUAAGGUAUAGUGAAAAUAUACUACUUUUCAAAGUCCCAUUUCGUAAGUACCAACCAACACCAGGUAAACACUGCCCAUGGUUAUUUUGUGAAAUGGCAAUUAUGGGCUAAACUGAAACCAUAUUUUACAAAUCUAUCUGGUAUUAUAUACAAGCUCUCCUGUUAUAUCAGUGGGAUUCCCUUUAAUUCGUCUUGUUCCCCACACGUAACUUAGUAAUAUAACCAGUAUUUAAUGAUUACAUAUUAUGUAACAAUUAUAACGCCUACGAUGAGUAUUUUUUUACGUGUUUGGGUGGCUCCGUUCCUCCCACCAACGGAGCAUCAGCUGACGUCCACGAGAGUUCGUUACACAUCGUGACAUCGCCCUUAACCACUCUUCGGGCGGGAUGCCAUUGGUUAUGGAAAUCGGUUCUUGCCCGGUCUAUGUGUUUGGUCUUGGGGUACCUAAAAAACCUAUGCCUCCACAAAGGUUUAAUUGGUUAUGUAACUUAGUUACGUACGAGGAAAAUUGUUAUUACAGUAGCUUAACUUCAAACUUCGAUUUAUUCAUCUGUCAGAUUUUGCGAUUUAUUUGAUUUUGAAGUUAAGCAACACAUUUCUUACAUUUUGUAUGGCCGUUUUUUACCGUAACAAUCGGGUUUUUCUCAAGUCUGACAUUUUGGUUUUGCUUGUUUUGUGUAAGCAGUACUAAUGUAAAUUAGUUUAUUUAUGGAGAUGUCCAAUAAAUUAAGUUACGAAUA